GUUUUAAACUUUAAAUCGCACUUGAAAUGAAAUAUAUUUAAUUUAAUCACUUAAGCCUUAAGAGACUAAAAUAUAAAAAUGGAGUUUGCGUUCGUGUCUUUCCAACAAGGUGGCAAUGUAGAAUUUUCCAGUUUAAUUUGCGUUUCUAACACCUAAAUGGAGACUAGUUUCCUCGUAGAAGAUCCUCCGGAAAGUGUCCUCCUCGGCGGAUAGCUCGUGUCCCAUCGAACUAAAACCCGGUCGUCGUUACGUUUCUACGGAGUCUUUGAUUUGAUGAUUAUGGACAUUUCUCUUGCAACCCUACUCUCGUCUUUACGGUUGACAGACUCGUGAAACCUCGUCUGGUUAUGCUAUAUCGAUGCUUAUACGAUACUUUUCUAUUAUGGGUUUUGUCACUAAUGCUUUGAUAAUAUCAAGAAUUGGCACUUUAAAAUACAGAGCUAUUAUAAUAAUAAUUUCUGUCAGAAAUGUUAGAAUGGUGCACGAGAAGAUGGCGUAUGUGGAUUCGACCAGUUGUUAUGAUAAUUUAUGGAAUUAUAAUUUUGGUAUUGCUUCCUUUGUGUAUUUGGCGACUCACCGAAAAUGGCGUCACCUCUCACGAUCAGGCGUGGUUUAUCGGAGGUAUUUUUGUUCUGAUGGCUCUCCCAAUCACAUUUUGGGAGAUAACACAACAUUUAGUUCACUACACGAAACCUUACAUGCAAAAAUAUAUUAUUAGAAUACUCUGGAUGGUUCCGAUUUAUGCACUAAAUGCCUGGCUAGUAUUGACAUCUCCAAAAAUUGGAAUAUAUUUGGAUACCUGUAGAGAAUGUUAUGAAGCAUAUGUUAUUUAUAAUUUCAUGGUAUUUUUGCUGAAUUUUUUGCGAUAUGAAAUGGAAUUAGAUAUAACAGUCGAAGACAAACCCUCCGUUAAACAUAUAUUUCCCUGUUGUUGUCUUAAACCGUGUCCCGGCGGAAGGGAUUUUAUUCAUGCAUGUAAACAUGGUAUUCUACAGUAUACAGUAAUGCGUCCAUUAACAACAAUUACGUCGUUGAUAUGUGAAUUAUCAGGUGUUUACGGAGAAGGAAAAUUUGUUCCUAAUGUUGCCUAUCCUUACAUUGUAGUAAUAAACAAUAUUUCACAAUUUGUUGCCAUGUAUUCUCUUGUAUUAUUCUACAAGGCGUAUAAAAAACAGCUCUCGCCAAUGAAACCCGUAGCAAAAUUUCUUUGCAUCAAAGCUGUCGUCUUCUUUUCGUUUUUUCAGUCAGUGAUCAUCUCAAUUCUGGUUUAUACCGGAGUCAUACACCAGUCGUUUACCAGCGGUAAAGAACACGAUGUCGGAGAAAUUGGGAGGAGUUUACAAGACUUUAUAAUUUGCAUCGAAAUGUUUUUGGCAGCAGUGGCUCACUACUUUGCCUUCUCGCAUCGUCCGUUCGUGGAUCUGGCCGCAGCACAGGCACCCUGCUGCGCUUCAUUCCUGUCCAUGUGGGAUGUGUCGGACGUCACCCACGACGUCUCCGAACACAUUCGCCACGUCGGCAAUAAAGUCAAGAGGACCGUGUCGGGCAAGAAGUCGAGCGAGCAUCAGAGACUCCUAGCACCAGAGGCAGAAGGAUCAGGCAGUUCCACUUACCAUAGCGUGGGUACGUCCGACGGUCCUUGGGAACCGGAACCGGAAGAUCUGAGCACGGAUCAGUAUGACCUCGAGAGACCAGUAUGAGCCUUACUUAAAGUCAGGUACAAGUCAAGAACAAACAACGUUUACCAUUUUCAAAAUGGAUCUUUUUAUACUUAUAUCGGGUGUGAUGAACAGACAGUUUCACAAUAAAUUUUAAGUUAUAAAGACGCA